AUGGCAGAAGCAGAUCUUACCUUUGAUUCCCUCCUUGACCUCCUCCGACGUCUUCCACCUACACGAGUAGAAGAGAAUGUCAACACAUUAUGCGAUCUAGCUCCUGAAUACGCGGACGAUCUACUAGGCAAUGUAGAUCAGCCGUUGAAGGUUCUGACAGACAGUGAGAAAGGAAGGGACUUUUUGGGAUGUGAUUAUAAUAGAGAUGGAGAUUCGUUCAGAUCACCUUGGUCAAAUGAGUAUAUACCUUCAUCAAAUGGAGGACCCACACCUUCGAGUAAAUUACGUCAAUUGGAAAUAUCAUUAAAUUCAGCUUUCGAUACUUAUCGAGAAAUGUAUUUCGAAGGUGGUGUUUCAAGUGUCUAUUUGUGGGAUUUAGAAGAUGAUCCUGGACAAGGUAAAGAGAUCAGUUUCGCAGGUGUCGUAUUAUUAAAGAAGGUCCUCUCAACUCCAUCUUCGUCAUCGCCAGAUACACCAGAGACCAGCCCAUCAGGAUCAUGGGAUUCUUUACACGUAUUUGAAUGUCAAGAAAGAGGUAGAUCAGCAAAAUAUAAAUUAACUUCUACCGUAAUGUUAGUACUGGAAACCAAAACUUUAGCUAAAGCCGAAGGUAAAAAUCAAGAUACAAGUCGAGGGAAAGGAAGUGUUACUUUAAGUGGAAGUAUGACCAGACAAGCAGAAGUAGAUUAUCCAUUGACGAAUUCAGCUGGACAUAUACCUAAUAUAGGAAGGAUGGUAGAAGACAUGGAAAUCAAAAUGCGUAAUUUACUCUCAUCAGUAUACUUUGGUAAAACGAAAGAUGUAAUCAACGAAUUGAGAUCACAAAGUGGAUUAGAAAUCAAAUCAAGAGAAGAGAUGUUGAGAGCUGAAUUAGCUGGUAAAUUAGGUGCUAGGAAAUAA